UAACUUUCUCUCUCUCUCUAUACUUAGUUCCAUUUCUCCUCAUCCUUAAACAUGGAUUAUUGAAUGAGAAUCAGAUAACAGCAAUGGACAAUGCGAGCAAUGUGGUUUUGGACAUUGACGGUCCGGCGCAGCCACCGGAAAUAUGCUGCUCUGCGAAUCCGAAAGCGGCCCGAGCUCUUUCUCGUAAGGGUUCCAACCGCAUGGAGAGGCGGGGUGGCGAGGAGCAAGAAACAGACGACGCGUCGAAAAGACUCAUUGUUAAAGUGGUGCCGUUGCAGUUGGAGCUGCUGAAGCUACCUUCGAUGCCGAACAAAGCUAUCCUGGCCGCGCAAUCUGCGGCCACUAGCCCUAUUCUCACUGAUUCUGGGGAAGGGAGGAGUCGGAGAUUUAGUCGCUUCGCAGCAAUGCACCCUCGCAAAAUACUCCUCAUCUUUGCAACUCUGUCGAGUAUUGGGACAAUGAUUCUCAUAUAUUUCACGCUCGCAAUUCACCGAAGAGGCGGAUCGUAACGUAACUGCGGUGCAUGCAUUUGCCCCUUCUGAUGUUCACAGUUCCUGGUUACACUGCAUGCUUAGGUGCUCACAAUAAUUUCCCUGAGCCCACAUGUUUCAUCUCUAUGAAUGUUGAGCAGUGAUGAAGGUAGAGAGAGAGCUACAUUGCUUAUUUUUUCCCCAGUAAAUUGGUUUGUGAGAUUUAUUUGCUUCGCGCCGACCGCGCGAAUGGUCGAAAUUUUGUAACUAUGGAGCAUUCAUUUUCGAGGACAUGU